GGCUCCGGCCGGCGAGGAGGGACACCCCGUGACGCGCACACGCACAUCGUCAAAGGGCAAACGGAGGCAGCUGGUUUCAGGGAGUGGACUCGGAAGGUGGCUCCAUCUAUCCUUCGGAAGCGCCAUGGGCAGAUUCCUGAGAUCUCCUGCGUUGGUGGGGCUGGUGCUGGCGAUGCUUUCAGCGGGACAUUGCGAAGAGAGACCCGAAUCUAGCGCAGGGCUGAAGGAAAGGCAGAACCUCUUAAACCUAAUCAUGGAGAUCAUUCAGGAACUGAAAAAAUACCAUCUGGAGGAGGACGAGGAGAACGGGGUUCAGUACAAACAAGACUAUCUUUUGGACCGAAGAAGGGAAGUAGUACCCGAUUAUGGAUCUUACUCAGAAGAACAGAGAGUUGAAAUAGUUCCUAGAGAUCUGAGAAUGAAAGACAAGUUUUUAAACCAUUUAACAGGUCAUCUUUAUUUUGGUCCAAAAUGCACUAAACACUUUCAUAGACUUUACCAUCAUACAAGAGACUGCACCAUUCCUGCAUACUAUAAAAGAUGUGCCAGGCUUCUUACUCGGUUGGCAGUAAGUCCAAUGUGCACGGAAGGAUAAGCUUCAGAUGUUACUACUAUCAAGGGAAAAAGCUAUUAUCAAGAACCAAGAGAAGUGCCUUGGAAACCAACAGGGAAAUUGAACUUACCAUCUUUGUAACAUAUUCCAUUGUGAACAAGAGAUUUAUUUUUGCAAGUU